UUGCGCUUCAGAGCUUGGGUGCUAAAGGACAUAGAGGGGAAAAAAAAAAAAAAAAAAAAACAACCAUAGAGUAGCACUUGCCGCGAAGAGAGACUGCCACACGCCAGAUUCCCAGAGGCGCCUGGGCCGGGGGCGGCCGCAUCAAAGGCUUGAGGAGCCGCUCCAGUUGCAGUCGUACCAUAGAGAUGCAUCCCCAGUCGGCCUUAGGGUAGAAGGUGAGAGAGCGGCUGUCGGCGGGAACCAGAAGUGCGGGCGCUGCGAGCUGGAGCCUUGCAGGUUCCAAAACGCCUUUCUCCUUCCCUGAAUCUCGUGACUUGACUGUCGCCGGACAGUGUAGACGCUGUAGCCGCCUCCACUUUACAGAUAGGAAAGCUGAGGCCCAGAGAAGCGAGGCAAGAGCAUCUGUUCAAGGCCACACGCAUUUAGGAGGCCGCCCGCACACAAGUCAAUGAUAAUGACAGACCCUGUGUUGGCAUCACAGCUAGCUAACAGCACUGGAGAGAUGGAUGGAUUAUGCUCUGAACUAUUGUUGAUUCCCCCACCUCUCUCAAACCAUGGAAUCUUGGGCCCUGUCCAGAACACCUGUGCUUCUGGAGAGCCUGCACCUUUGCCUGCUGACCCAGGCUGCCUGCUGGUAGAGGCCACAGCUACUGAAGAGGGCCCAGAGAACAUGGAGAUUAUUGUGGAAGCAGUAGCUGGAACCCUGUCCCCAGGAGCUUCUGGAGAGACCUCAGGUGUCCUGGUAAAGGUGGUGGAGGUAUACUUCUGUGAGCGCUGUGAACAGAGCUUUGCAGAGCCCACUCUGCUCUCCCUGCACGAGUGCACGGAGACCCGUGUUCAGGCUGUGCAGGACCUCUCUAGCCCCCCAUGCUCUGUCGAGCUGCCCCCCAGCAACCUCACCCUCCAUGGCCCUCUGCAGGAUCCCAGCCUGCCAGAUAGCCCCCUGCCAUGUCCUGUAUGUAGACAAGAGUUUGCCCAACCCCAGGCCUUGAAGAGCCACUUCAAGAUUCACCGGGUCACUCCCAGUACACUCUCCUGCCCAGAGCCUGGCUGUAUGUUCUCUGCUGAGGAUCGCAAGGGUCUGCAGCAUCACCUGAGACAGACCCACAAGGCAGCUCCUGUGCCCUGUUCAUUCCGGGGCUGCUCCCUGCUUUUUGGGAGCCACCAGGGAAUGGAGCUGCAUCGGCAGGCCCAUUACCCUUUCCACUGCAGUCAUUGCAGCUUCAUGGGCUCCAACGUCAAACUCUUCCGGCAGCACCAGCGGAGCCAUGGAGCCAGCACACAGGGAGAACUUCCCGCUGUUCAAGGCCUUCCAGCCCAGGAGCUGCUACCAGCUCCCAAAAUGCCUCCAGGAGAGGGAGAGCCUUCUGAGAAAGCAGAUACACCUUUGCCUGGGAAGGAGUCAGCUGAAGAAGAGGAUGUAGAGGAAGAGGAGAAUGGCACCCAAAAGGACGCCCAGAAAGUCUUGGAUAAAAGCCAAGGGGCUCAGCAGUUGGAAGAGCAUGUGGCUUCAAGCACUGAGUCCCUCUUCAAGACACACAUGUGCCCAGAGUGCAAACGCUGCUUUAAGAAGCGGACCCAUUUGGUGGAGCACCUUCAUCUCCACUUCCCCGACCCAAGCCUCCAGUGUCCCAACUGCCAGAAGUUCUUCACCAGUAAAAGCAAACUCAAGACCCAUCUGCUGCGGGAGCUGGGUGAGAAGGCCCACCGAUGUCCCCUAUGCCACUACAGUGCAGUGGAGAGGAAUGCCCUUAACCGCCACAUGGCUAGCAUGCACGAGGACAUUUCCAACUUCUACUCAGACACGUAUGCUUGUCCUGUUUGCCGUGAAGAAUUUCGCCUCAGCCAAGCGCUCAAGGAGCACCUCAAGAGCCACACAGCAGCAGCUGCAGCGGAGCCAUUACCCCUACACUGCUUUCAGGAGGGCUGUGCUUAUGUAGCCCCCGACCGUAAGGCCUUUGUAAAGCACCUAAAGGAGACCCAUGGAGUACGGGCUGUGGAGUGUCGCCAUCAUUCAUGUCCCAUGCUCUUUGCCACAGCUGAAGCCAUGGAAGCCCACCAUAAGAGCCAUUAUGCUUUCCACUGUCCCCAUUGUGACUUUGCCUGCUCCAAUAAGCACUUGUUCCGCAAACAUAAGAAGCAAGGCCACCCAGGCAGUGAAGAGCUACGGUGCACCUUUUGCCCCUUUGCCACCUUCAACCCAGUAGCCUACCAGGAUCAUGUUGGCAAGAUGCAUGCUCAUGAGAAGAUCCACCAGUGCUCUGAGUGCAACUUCGCCACCGCCCACAAGCGGGUGCUUAUCCGACACAUGCUGCUGCAUACUGGAGAGAAACCUCACAAGUGUGAGCUGUGUGACUUCACUUGCCGAGAUGUUAGCUACCUAUCCAAGCACAUGCUGACCCACUCCAACACCAAGGAUUACAUGUGUACUGAAUGUGGCUAUGUCACCAAGUGGAAGCACUAUCUGAGUGUGCACAUGCGGAAACAUGCAGGGGAUCUCAGAUACCAGUGCAACCAGUGCUCCUACCGCUGCCAUCGGGCUGAUCAACUGAGCAGCCACAAACUGCGGCACCAGGGCAAGUCCCUCAUGUGUGAGGUGUGUGCCUUUGCUUGCAAACGGAAGUAUGAGCUGCAGAAGCACAUGGCUUCCCAGCACCAUCCUGGCACACCUGCCCCACUCUACCCCUGCCGCUACUGCAGCUAUCAGAGCCGCCACAAGCAGGCCCUGCUGAGCCAUGAGAACUGCAAGCACACUCAUCUCCGUGAGUUUCGCUGUGCCCUCUGUGACUACCGUACCUUCAGCAACACCACACUCUUCUUCCACAAGCGGAAGGUUCAUGGCUACAUGCCGGGGGACCAGGUUUGGCAGUUCUGCAAUGCCAGCCAAGAGUCAGAGGGACCCAGGCAGUGCCUGGCACCUCCUUCAGACUCAGGGCCUUCAAGCCAGCUUCCUGCCCAGCCUGACAGACAAGACCUUGAACGUGGGAAUGUGGCAGGCUCCAAUGUGGACCAGGCUUCGCCAGAGAUAACUGAUGAGGUCAGCACCAAAAGACAGGAGGACACUGAGGCUCCCCAAGGGGAUGACCCGGUUGGCAGCCCCAGCCUAGGGGAGGUGGAGGAGGGAGGCUGCACUCUACACUUGGAGGCCCUGAGAGUAGAGCUAGAACCUGAGGCAGAGCCACCACCCCUUGAGGAUCUUACUGAAGCAACUGCUGUGGAGUUGAGGCCUUUAGAUCCCUCAGGACCACUAGGAAUGGUAAGAGCAGAUGGGCUAGAAGAGCCAGAACUGUCCAGCUUUGAAAGUGUUGGGACUCCAGGCUUGGUUGCUGAAGAAGAGCCCAUUAUGGAGAAGCUAGCCCCUGAGCCCCCCAGAAAUUCUCUAGUCUCUGAGGAGGCUCCUAACAUGGGCAAAGACUCUGCUGAGACUUCACCGCUGCCUCAGUUUCCUGAAUCAGAGUCACUGCUUAAGGCCCUGAGGAGGCAGGACAAAGAACAAGCAGAAGCAUUGGUGCUGGAGGGCCGGGUACAAAUGGUAGUGAUCCAGGGAGAAGGGAGAGCCUUCCGCUGCCCACACUGUCCUUUUAUCACUCGCCGGGAGAAAGCCCUAACUCUGCACUCCAAAUCAGGGUGCCAAGGCCGCCGAGAGCCCCUGCUCUGCCCAGACUGUGGAGCUAGCUUUAAGCAACAACGUGGCCUUAGCACCCAUAUGAUGAAGAAAUGCCCUGUUCUUCUCAGAAAGAACAAGGCUUUGCCCAGACCUGUCUCUCCCACUCUACAUCCUCAGCUGCCGGGUAGCCAAGCUUCACAGGAUGCUGAAAGUAAGAAGCCCCCACCGUUACCAUCAAAGGUAGAGCUCUUGCUACCAAAAGAUGUUCCUUCUGAGCUCCCGGGGAAGCCAGGAGUAGAGGAACCUCUACCCACACCCUCUGACUUCCCAGCCUCUCCAUCAGGAAACUCCUUACCCACAGGAACCUCUGAGAAGUUCCACUUUGAGCAAGGCAAGUUUCACUGCAGCUCAUGCACAUUCCUUUGUUCUCGGCUUUCCUCUAUUACCUCUCAUGUGACUGAAGGCUGCCGAGGGGGUCGUAGCCAGGGAAGAAAGCGUGGGCGCUCCCAGACCCGUGCUGUUGUGCUCCCCCUGAACAAUGGGGACUCUGCCCUCCUGAAUAGUGGGAGUACAGACUCCAGCCCUGGUAAUAGGGACACAGCUAUGGUUCCGAAGCAGAGUGGUGCCCUCUUCUCCUGCCCCACGUGUCCCUUUAGCUGUCAGCAAGAACAAACCCUGAGGACUCACCAGACCCAGGGCUGCCCCCUUGAGUCUGGAGAUCUGCACUGUGGUCUCUGCCCAUUCACUGCUCCUGCUGCUGCUGCCCUGAGGCUUCAUCAGAAGCGGAGGCAUCCCACUGCAGCCCCAGCCUCUGGCCCCCGGCCCCUUCUGCAGUGUGGAGACUGUGGCUUUACCUGCAAGCAAAGCCGAUGCCUUCAGCAACAUCGACGGCUCAAGCAUGAGGGCGUGAAGCCACAUCAAUGUCCUUUCUGUGACUUUUCUACUACUAGACGGUACCGGUUAGAGGCCCACCAGUCUCGACACACAGGUGUUGGCCGCAUCCCUUGCAGCUCCUGCCCCCAGACAUUUGGUACCAACUCAAAAUUGCGUUUGCACCAACUACGAGUACAUGACAAAACGCCCACCCACUUCUGUCCACUCUGUGACUAUAGUGGUUAUCUUCGCCAUGACAUCACUCGCCAUGUCAACAGCUGCCACCAGGGCACCCCAUCCUUUUCCUGCUCUCAGUGUGAGGCCCAGUUUAGCUCAGAAACAGCACUCAAGCAGCAUGCUCUGCGCCGACACCCCGAACCCACACAUCCGGCCUCUGGCAGUCCUGUAGAGGCCACUGAGGGGCCCUUGCACUGUUCCCACUGUGGCCUGCUCUGCCCUAGUCCUGCCAGCCUGCGAGGGCACACCCGUAAACAGCACCCAAGGCUGGAGUGUGGGGCCUGCCAGGAGUCCUUCCCUAGCCGUCCAGCCCUGGAUGAACAUCGGAGGCAACAGCAUUUCAGCCACCGCUGCCAACUCUGCAGCUUUGCUGCCCGGGAGCGAGUAGGCCUGGUGAAACACUACCUGGAACAGCACGAGGAGACUUCAGCGGCCCCCUCAGAUGGGGAUGGAGGUGGUGACCAGCCCUCUCUCUGCUGCCCAUUCUGUGACUUUGCAUGUCGCCAUCAAUUGGUGCUGGAUCACCAUGUAAAGGGACAUGGAGGCACUCGGCUCUACAAGUGUACUGACUGUGCCUAUAGUACCAAAAAUCGGCAGAAGAUCACCUGGCACAGCCGCAUUCACACUGGGGAGAAGCCUUACCGCUGUCACCUCUGCUCCUAUGCCUGUGCUGACCCUUCUCGACUCAAGUACCACAUGCGGAUCCAUAAAGAGGAGCGGAAAUACCUGUGCCCUGAGUGUGGAUACAAGUGCAAAUGGGUCAACCAACUCAAAUACCACAUGACCAAGCACACAGGACUGAAGCCAUAUCAGUGUCCCGAGUGUGAGUACUGCACCAAUCGGGCUGAUGCACUGCGUGUACACCGGGAGACACGGCACAGAGAGGCACGGGCUUUCAUGUGUGAGCAGUGUGGCAAGGCAUUUAAGACACGCUUCCUGCUGCGCACCCACCUACGCAAGCACAGUGAGGCCAAACCCUAUGUUUGCAAUGUUUGCCACCGUGCUUUCCGUUGGGCUGCUGGCCUGCGACAUCAUGCCCUUACCCACACCGAUCGACACCCAUUCUUCUGCCGCCUCUGCAGCUACAAGGCCAAGCAGAAGUUCCAAGUGGUCAAGCAUGUGCGCAGGCACCACCCUGACCAGGCUGACCCCAACCAGGGUGUGGGCAAAGACCCCACCACUCCGACAGUGCACCUACAUGAUGUGAAGCUAGAAGAUCCCAGCCCUCCUGCUCCCCCUGCUCCCCCCACUGGACCUGAGGGCUGAGCCCUUACCCCAUCUCUGGCAUAGGAAGAGUAUAUAGUCCAAGAUAUGCAAACCGGGACUAUAGCUAGCCUGAGGAGCUCAGGGCCUGAGGGAGGACUGGCUUUGGAGUAUCAGUUUGGCUGGAACACUCCCCACCCCUGGACUCUGGUCUUUGAAAUUAACAGCUAUAUAAAAGAUAGGCUUGGACUAAAAUGUUGAUUCCCUCUUCAAUAGUGCUAUGGUUUGUGACUGAAUCUCCAGUGUCUACCAUUGUUGCAUCAGAGUACCUGACUGUAAGGGCUUUGUUUUAAUCACUCCAUCUCUCUCCUCUUUACUGCUUCAAGUCCUGUUUUCUUUCACCAUUUUCUAAACAGUUGUAUCUAGUUGCAUGUGUUCUGUGCCUAAUGCUCUGUAAAGCAUGUGAAACAGAAGAUAACCAGUUAACAGACUUGUCUGGAUCCAUCCUAUCAUUACUAGGUUGUCAUGUUGGUUUGCCCUGUCUCUUCCUGCCAUCUGUCCUUUGUCUCUUCUGCCCCAAAUAGGUUUUGAAACAGACCCAGAUCAUCAGGCUGUCCAGGCCCUUUCUUCCCUUGCUCCAUUUCAAGCUCUUAUUUGUCAGAAGAGGAUUCCCACCCUCAGAUUCCUCCCAGAAAAAGCUUUAACCAUCAGCUGGCUCAGUAGCUACAUCAAGGAGUACAAUCAUCAAGCAAUGUAAAAGGCCUAACCAGGGAAGGCCGUAUACCUGUUUUUCCUCUAUUCCUUAGAAGCCUCUCUUCUGUGCCC